GCCUGACCUCUUCUCUGCGUAUUGGCAGGAGAGGCCAUGUCCGAGAAGUCACUAAAUAUGAUAGAGGCCUUGCAGGGCAUUGACUAUGCGUCUGAAAUCAGCCAUGUCUUGUCUUACGAUGGGCAAAAAACAAGAGCAGCUGUUGACGAGAAAAUCCUGGAUGAAGAUGUUUCUCAAAAGCACGUAACACAUCCUGAUAAAGCACCAGAUGGAGGAUUAAGGGCAUGGCUUGUGGUUUUUGCCGCCGCAUUGGUUAUGUUCUCUACGCUUGGUUUUCUACUUUCAUGGGGUGUGAAUCUUCCAAGCGUAUUACGAGGAAAAUCUACUACUCCACACUUCUCCUUCAACUAUAGCAUGGAUCGGUUCUACGCAGGCUAUGCGCUCGCGUGCCUUCCAUCGCUUGCAACGGGGCGAAUGUUUGACCUGGGGUAUUUCAAAAUACCGUUCUUCACCGCUACCAGCAUCCUCGUCGCGUGCACUUUCCUAACCGCAGAAUGCACUCAAUUCUGGCAGUUCUUCCUAACGCAGGGCGUCGGCGUUGGGGUGAGCUGUGGUAUCAUGUGGAAUCCUGCGGUAGUCAUUGUGUCACAUUGGUUCUCCAAGAGACGUGGCUUGGCUUUGUCGCUCACCACCAUUGGGACUGCGCUCGGCAGCAUCGUGUUUCCUGUAGCGGCACAAAAUUUGAUUCCAUUAAUUGGGUUUAAAUGGACAGUCCGUGUGUUUGGACUCAUUUUGAUGGCUACCCUGGGGACAGCCAACGUAUUACUGAAACGACGGCUUCCACCCGUCAACGUUCGUGGGGGACUCUUCAAUCUCAAUGCAUUUCGCAACAAAGCGUUUACCACCUAUUGCAUCUCAGGAGUUAUGAUACUUCUAGGUUUUUAUACAGAGUUAACAUAUCUCCCUGUGAGCGCCGUAGCAAUUGGCGUCUCGAAAGAUUUUUCAUUCUAUAUACUCGCGAUCGCCAAUGCGGCAUCUGCAUUGCGUGUGUCAUUUGGGCUGAUGUCAGAUAAAAUCGGCGCCAUUAACACCAUGGCAAUUAUGACUGCUGUAACAGGGAUCGCGACAAUAGUUUGGCCAUUUGCUGAAACUGAAUCCCAGCUUAUCACGAUUGCCGCCAUCUACGGAUUCUCCCUCGGAGCAUACGUAUCUCUGUACUCUGCACCUCUUGUAGCAAUGGGGCAAAUGGAAGAUGCAGGGCGUCGAGUGGGAAUGUUCAUGUCCCUCAUUGCUUUUGGAGGCGUUGCAGGUCCUCCGAUAUCAGGUGCCAUCAGUAGCGCGACAGGAGGGUUCGUCGCUGCGGGUUAUUAUUCAGGCAAGUUUGUCAUGCACGACCUUUGA